UUUGUCUCUGUCCCGACGAGCUGGCGGCCCUGUUCGGCUAUCAUCAGCCAUGACACCUGACACACGCAGCACCAGCGCUCGGCCACACCAUCUUCAGCUGGGCGGCCGCCAACUGCACCCACCUCGUCAUCGAGGAUCGGACAAGGGCGGUGUGCGGCACACCUGGGAGAAGAUGCCGCUUGCCGUGGCAUACAAGUGGUGACAGCGCGAGGCCCUCUUGGAGGGCUGCCUCUGGGCCACGACGGCCAGUCGAUGCUGUUUGGCGCCUUUCGAGCAGCCGCUGCUUCCACUCUAUUUCACGGCGGGCAGUCCGACUGUCCGCUGUUCCCUCUGGACAUGCCUGCCAACCUCGAGGGCGAGUCGCCGCUGUGGAGUUUGCAAGAUCCGGAGCAGCCGCGGCCUUUCGGCCUCAACGUGCUCAUGCCACUAUUCGACACUGAGGAGCACACGAGCCACUGCAGGUACGUCCUCAGUCGAAAGCGCCCGUCACCGCCGCCCCUUGGCAUCAUGACACAAGAGACUUGAAGAGGUCCAACGAGCGGAAGCUGUUAUACACUCCUCCGUCUUCACCCCUUCCUGCAGCCGCCGCAAGGCCGAGCGGCAUUUCGGAGAGGCAACUGGUCAUCGCGUUGCGCUGGUGGGCUAGGGGGGGCCUCUGGGGGUGGCAGACACUCACACCCUCAUGGAGGGCAGCAUGGUGGGCGAGUUGCC